AUGGCGCAGAUGCGCGCUUUUUUCGCCGGCGGGCGGGCGCCGGGCGUCGAUGCGCGCGCGCGUGCCGGCAUCGACCGCGCCGCGGCGGUGAUCGCCGAUAUCGCGCGGGGCGAUGUGCCGGUCUAUGGCGUCAAUACCGGGUUCGGCAAGCUGGCCUCGAUGCGGAUCGCGCCGGACGACACGGCCCGUCUGCAGCGCAAUCUGAUCCUGUCGCAUUGCGCCGGCGUCGGCGAUCCGCUGCCGCGCGCCGAAACGGCGCUGAUGAUGCUGCUCAAGGUCAACUCGCUGGCGCGCGGCGCAUCGGGCGUGCGGUGGGAAUUGAUCGCACUGCUCGAAGCGAUGCUCGCCCAUGACAUCUGGCCGAACGUGCCCGAACAGGGGUCCGUCGGCGCCUCGGGCGAUCUGGCACCGCUUGCGCACAUGGCCGCAGUGAUGAUUGGCGAGGGGCAGGCUUGGGGUGCCAAGGUGGACGGUCAUCCCGUGUCCGGGAGCGAAGCGCUGGGGAACGCCGGCCUUGAUCCGAUCGUGCUGGGCCCGAAGGAAGGGCUCGCGCUGAUCAACGGCACGCAGUUUUCGACGGCGGUGGCGCUCGGGGCAUUGUUCGACCUUUGGCAUCUGGUCGAAAGCCAGAUCGCGGUGGCGGCGCUUUCGACCGAUGCGAUCAUGGGUUCGACCGCGCCCUUGCGCCCGGAGAUCCAUGCGCUGCGCGGCCAUCGCGGACAGAUCGAGGUGGCAGCCGCGAUGCGCGACCUGCUCGAGGGGUCGGAAAUUCGCGAAAGCCAUCGUGAGGGCGACACGCGCGUCCAGGACCCCUAUUGCAUCCGCUGCCAGGCGCAGGUGGCGGGCGCCGCGCUCGACCAGCUGCGCAUGGCAGCGCACACGCUCGCCAUCGAAGCCAAUGCAGUCACCGACAAUCCGCUGGUGUUCGAGGACGCUUCGGUCAUCUCGGGCGGCAACUUCCAUGCCGAGCCGGUCGCCAUGGCAGCCGACCAGAUCGCCAUCGCGAUCGCGGAGCUGGGCGCCAUCGCGCAGCGCCGCAUCGCGCUGAUGGUCGACCCGACAUUGAGUUUCGACCUGCCGCCGUUCCUGACGCCCGAGCCGGGGCUCAAUUCCGGCCUGAUGAUCGCCGAGGUCACGUCAGCCGCGCUGAUGAGCGAGAACAAGCAUCUGGCCAAUCCCUGCUCGACCGAUUCGACGCCGACAUCGGCCAAUCAGGAAGAUCAUGUGUCGAUGGCCGCCCACGGCGCGCUGCGGCUGCGGCGGAUGGUCGACAAUCUGGCGCAUAUUGUCGGCAUCGAAUUGUUGUGCGCGGCGCAGGGGGUCGAGUUCCGCGCGCCGCUUCAGACCAGUGCGCCGCUGCGCGAACUGGUCAAACGACUGCGAACGACGGUGCCGUCGCUAGGCGAAGACCGGAUGGUGUCGGCCGAUAUCGGCCGGGCCGCCACGCUGUGCGCGACCGGGCUCGAUCUGUGUUCCCUGGAGAUGGGCGAGAGCGCUUCGUUAUGA